AUGACUUGCAAGAAACCUUUAGGUCCCGGACCCGGCGCGUACGCGCUUCCCCCUUGCGUCGGGUUUCAGCAGCAUGACCCGACACGUUACCGGAACCCGAUGUUCUCGCUGGCGGGCACGUCGGGGUUUCGCAUGCGCCCCGUCGGCCCCGGCCCCGCCUACCGCAUCGACAGGGUCACCCGCGACGGCGUCGUCAGCACUCCCGCAUGGACCUUUGGAUCCAGGAUCCCAGGACGAAGUUUGCUGCGGACGCCGGGGCCGGGCGCCCAUGCGCCAGAGCGGUGCCCACGCGGUGUGCAAGCGCCCAUCUACUCCAUGGGCGCGCGCCCACAAGACCGCAUGAAAAAAGUCGGGCCUGCGCCUAACACGUACAACACGCGUUACGGAUUCGGUGGGCCCGCAUACACGAUGGGCGCGCGGCUGGGCGUCAUGCCGCCCUUGCUGUCUCCCGGCCCCGCCGUCUACUACCAGAAGGAUGCCGAUAUUUACAAGACGAGACACCCAUGCUACUCGCUGGGCGCGCGGCUGGGGGGCGCGGGCAAGGCGACGCGUACGCCGGGACCUGCGGCCUACCCACCAAAUCUAUAUAAUACUAAAAAGAAUCCUUACUCAUAUUCAUUUGGUACGAAACACAACGAAUAUGCUUGUCCAAUGAUAAUAAAAGAAGACACUAUGGACUGUCUCUAAAUAUUUUACGGCCAAAAGACACAUAAGGUCUACAGUGAUACUGUUUACAUUGUUGAUGUAAUGAAAAAAAAAUUGGCAUUCGUAAUAUUAUGUAAUAAAUAAACAUAGAAUAUACGAGCGGAUGACAAUUUGUCGUAAUUUUUUUUCCAAAAAAAAUAAAUUGUAGGUAAAAAUUUUGACAUUGUAACGCCUUAGCAACCAGUCUUUUUGGCAAGUAGCAACAUUAGACAGUAACUUUUGUAGUGAAAAAAAAAUA